AUGUUUGGUAAAGAUACUCAGAUUUCAUGGCAGUUCAGUGGCAUCGGGGAGCUACGUGUAACAUGGUUCUUCGAUGGUCAACCACUUCCAACUGACAAUCGCUUGCAAGUAACGGAGACUGAUGAUGGAGCAUCGAUACUAACAAUUCGUCAAGUUGAACUUGGUGAUCAAGGUAUCUAUACUACUAGAACAACCAAUGCUUUUGGUGCAGCUGAAGCUCAGACAACAUUAAAGAUUGAUUGCAUCAAACAUGUCAUCAACGCUAAUCUCAAUAGUGCACUAGAAGUCACAAAAGGUGAAAUCAUGGCACUAAAAAUCGUCGCCAGUGGAACACCGAAGCCUGACAUUGUCUGGAUGAAAGACGACAAUGAACUUACACCAAAUGAUCGUAUUCAAGUGACAACACCGAAUGGUAACGAUGACAAAUACACAAUGGCUAUCUUGAAUGCACAACCAGGAGAUCAAGGUGAAUAUUCAGCCAAGAUUUCCAAUGUUGGUGGAUCACUUCAAUCCAAUAAGUGCAAAGUCACUGUGUCGAGUACGUCACCUUGA